AUGUUGCCCACAAGUGAUAAUCCCGCUGACCUGGCAAGCAGGGGUGGUCAAAUUAAACAGAAAGUGCUUUGGGAGAAUGGUGCAAAAUGGCUUCAAGACAAGAGUGAGUGGCCAGACAGUCUGGUGACGAAAGCUUCACCAUCCUCAGAGAUGGAAGCAAAAGCAACAAAAGAACUAUUAAAUGUUGUAAAUGUCAAGGACAAUGCCGACCAAUUCGAUCGAUUACUGGAAUGCCUAAACUUAAGACGAGCCUGUAGAGUUGGGGUGUGUAGAGUUGGGGUGUGGAUCAAGAGGUUCAUACACAACUGCAGAAAUAACAAAGGAAGGUCAGGGCCAAUCACAAUGGAAGAAGUAAUCAGAGAACGCGAUUGGUGGACUCGGUGUGUCCAACAACGAGUACAGAAAGAACCACACUAUCUGAGGGUGGUGGAAGAGUUAGGAUUACGUACUAAUGCAGAUAAUAUACUGGUAUGUCACGGGAGAAUUCAAGGAAAAUAUCCAAUAUUCCUUCCAAGAGGCGCAAAGUUUACAGAGAAGUUAGUACAAUGAGUACACAGUGAAACGCUCCACGGGGGUAAUUUGGUUGCGAAGGUCAUUCGUAGCAACUGUUAUGGGUGCAAGAGAUUCCGUGCGUCAACGAUCACUAAACCAGUACCAUGUCAACUACCAGAAGAACACACCACGGUUGGAGGGGCGUUUGAAGUCAUCGGUACAGAUUUUGCUGGUCCUAUCAGAUAUAAGAAGAAAGGCAACAAGGAAGGAAAGGCAUAUUUGGCUAUUUUCUCUUGUAGCCUUUCUCGAGUUGUGCAUUUAGAGUUAUUACCAAAUAUGGAAACGGAAACGUUCAUACCAUGUCUUAAGCGAUUUAUCGCACGUUGUGGAAGACCACGUAUCAUUUACUUGGACAAUGGUGGAACAUUUAUUAACUCAAUUCAAUCCGCCAAUAUUAAUUUCUGGCGUAUAUGACGUGAAGAUUAAAUAUUAAAGAACUUCGCGAGUAUUUGCAGUAGACAUGCGAAAAUACCACCAAAAAAUUCCGCUUGAUCGAUACUAUAUAUUCAGAAAUAUUCAUAUAAUUUUAUUGUUUCUUGCUCAAUUUCAAGCGAAUUUCUUACCUUGAAAUGAUCAAUGCGGUGAAAUUUAUGAAAAUGACACAUUAUCAAUUUUGCUGUUGCAUUUUGAAUGUUCCGCCUGAUUCAAAUGCUCGUCUUUUUGCUUCAUUUCAACGUAUAAUAACAAAUAUACCAAAAGAAUCGCCAUCUUCCAUUCUAUAGCUUGGAGCAGUCUCGGGAAAUUGCAAAAUAAUCUAAGCCUAUUAUGGCAAUUCUCGUGAUCAGAAAGUGUUCGGCCCACUUCGGACACCAAAUUCUUGGUAAAGCAUUACAGUUUCCUGAUAAAGAACUGCAGGAAUCACUUCCGGAGUGUUUGUUUACCCUAGAUACGGAUUUUGAUUGGCUUAGGCAGAAAAGCAAAUCUUUUAGAGCAAUUUUCCUGAUUAUCGCGCACGGGAACGCAUCAGCAUUGAAAUGUAUUGUUUUGUAGUUUUGUUUGAAUCGCAUUCUGAAGACUUUUUUGCUUUAUUUUGCAAACUGAUAGUGCUAGUAAUGAUGGAAUGUCUUCGUAUGAAGACAAGUAUCUCAACCUGGCAUUGGGAGUCGUGUCUGGAGUUUCAAGGCAAGUAUUUGUAUCAUUUCUAGACAAUUUCAAUGUUUUGCCGUUGCCAUGGCGUUGUAAAUUUAUUUGUAUUUAGUAUAGCUUCACUAGUACGACCAAGUAUGUUCUCAUAUCGCUUUUUUGUGUUGAAAUAAUCGUUUCAUACUGAAAUUGACAAAUAUAAAUGGUAUUUAUUUAUAUUGUUGACGAAAAUUUAUGGUGUUUUAGGCAUAGAAAUCUCUGAUUCCUAGGCGAAGUAAAAUGAGCCUUGAGCACAUGUUUGGUUGUUUGUUACAUACAUAAUAGCCAAGUAUUCAUACUUAUAUCUUACUAGUUUGGCUCUUAUUAUAAUUUUAAGUGGCACCAUGUCUAUAAAAGUUUUUAUUCGCACUGAUGAAUAUAUUGAUCCUGUUCCUAUCUGGUGUUCCUGUUUCAUAGCCUCAGGGAAGUAGAGUUCUGAUGAGUCAUGAGAACCCCACUCACCAACCCAGAGGGAAGGUAGGGGGAUGAGUAGAGGUAGAGGGAAGCCCAGCCAUUAGGACCUAAGGUUUCGAAAGCUCUCUGUCUAGCAUCCCCACUAGGCCCCAUUGUACAUGACGGAUAUGAUGAUCCUGACGCUAGGAAUGUUCUCCCAGAUUUUCCUCCUCACUGACAUGUCCGGGAUCCAUUUCAAUCAACUGUGAGCUUGAGUUCAUUCGACUCUUUUUUACUAAGGGAAUGCUUCAGGAGGUAGUUUCCUGGCCAUACCAAUACAUAUACCCACAUACAAAUAACUCAAAAGUUAUCCACAUAUACUAAUAAAGAAGGGUCUUCCAGUCCACCAACCUUGAGAGGUUGAUUGCCUUUUAGUAUAUGCAGGUUUGCUAAAGGUUGACACUGAGAUUGAAAAUUAUUGGAGUGUAAAAACCUUAUAUCAUGGUCUGUGGGCAAUAGAAAUAAUUUCUCGGGUUAGGUACAAAGUGCUUAUGGCAUUUGUGAAUAUGGUAGAUCCUGUACUAAAGACUACAGGAAUAAACUGCAUCAACAACUGUACCAGCCGUCACAGAAUAUUGUUGUACAUGACGGAUAUGAUGAUCCUGACGCCAGGAAUGUUCUCCCAGAUUUUGCUCCUCACUGACAUGUCCGGGAUCCAUUUCGAUCAACUGUGAGCUUGAGUUCAUUCGGCUCAAUGAACUGUGAGCUUGAGUUCAUUCGACUCUUUUUUACUGAGGGAAUGCUUCAGGAGGUAGUUUCCUGGCCAUACCAAUACAUAUGCCCACAUACAAAUAACUCAUAAGUUAUCCCCAUAUACUAAUAAAAAAGGGUCUUGCAGUCCACCAACCUUGAGAGGUUGAUUGCCUUUUAGUAUAAUAUGCAGGUUUGCUAAAGGUCGACAGUGAGAUUGAAAAUUAUUGGAGUGUAAAAACCUUAUAUCAUGGUCUGUGGGCAAUAGACAUAAUUUCGCGGGUUAGGUACAAAGCGCUUAUGGCGUUUGUGAAUAUGGUAGAUCCUGUACUAAAGACUACAGCAAUAAACUGCAUCAACAACUGUACCAGCCAUCACAGAAUAUUGUUGUUGCAGACAAACACACUGUCAAAUCAAGAAAUAGGUUGGGGGUUAGGCAGUUCAUGAAAGCUAGAUGACCUACUAUGUGGGGAAUAAAUCUGUGGGUUGCUGCAGACAAUCCUAAUGGUUAUAUUGCGACUUUGAAAUUUAUACAGGAAGAAGUCCAGAUAUUCAUCGCAACAGAUUUGGGUAUGACGUGGUGAUCUGAUAUCAGUUUGGUUACAGUCUUUGGUCUUUUGUAGUACAAUAUAAAGAAAAUAUUUUCACCACAUAAUCCAAUUAUGUGCUUUGGCAAACAUUACUGCUUUAGCAAACAUUACUGCCUUGGAAAACAUUACUUUUUUAUAACUACUAAUUAUGAUGAUGCCAGCCCAACAACACUUGGUCAUGCUAUUUGCAAAUAUUUUCAUGUUCUAGAUUGUGAAAAUAAUCAAUUUCUAAACAAAUGAGUAGUGAUUAUUUCAAAUUUGAAUAGCAUGACCAAAUUUUGAGGCUGGUUAUGCCACUAAUAACUAAAGUCAGUGGUGUAAUGAUUAUCUAAGAAUGUAUGUAGUAACUGUAGAAAUAAAGACAUUUUGCUGAUCAUGAUUUGAGUGUUCUUUUGUGGGUAUCACAGACUUAUUUUGGUGCCAUACUAUCUUUGGAGAGUAAGAAAUAUUGGAAAUUUGUAUUGAUAACAUGUUGCAGCAAUAAAAAAGGACCUUUGAUAAAGGUAUUUGUUUCAUGUGAGCACAAAAUGUGAAUUUUACUCCACUAUCUAGUUUAUAUAAAAAUUCAAUAAAAAUAUUUCUAUUUAUGCUGCAUACAUGAAACUUCGGGUACUUGUAGAUCAUAACCGUCAUAUUCAUAAAUUUUUUUGACAUAUUUGAAAUUUGAACCGCGAAAUACAUUUAUGCAUAAUUGUAACAUUUUUUUAUAUCAUAAUUUAUGCAAAUUUAUGCGAGUUAAUCGUUAACCACGCUCCGGAUGAAAUUGAAAUUGGUAUCGUUGGAAAGCAGAAGUCCUCCUCUUUCGAACGAUGCAAUUUCUGUUUGUGUACGAUGUAUAGUUUGAGAGAUAUAAGCGUUUGAAACAACACCACUCGAAAUUGCUACUUUUCGACCGGAUGGGAAUGAGUUAAAGCUUCAAAAUAAAUGGAUUUCACAGCUACGGAAGGAUGAACAACUUCGAAGUCUUCUAGAACAGUACGAGAUAACAUUGGGCGUAUACGGGCAGACUGUUCGAGAGGCUUAUUGCAAUUUGUUAAGUCUGCUAUGUACAAGGUAAUUAAUUGGAAUGGUGUUCUUACCUGAACAACAGAGCUUAGUGAAGUAUUGUUGGAUGUCAAAACGCAAAUUAAUCAUCGACUGCUCAGCUAUGUUGAAUAUGAUUUAGAGUUGCCAACUUUGACGCCAGAAACUUUCCUAUAUCAGCACAUGUCUCAUUUGCCAGAACAGCAGACGUGGACAAUAGCAGAACAAGAUAUUCGGAAAGGAGCAAAAUUUCUUAAAUUGUGCAAGGAUGGUUUGUGGCAUAGAUGGCAAAGAGAAUAUCUGACUGUGCUAAGGGAAAGACACAAUCUAACACAUAGAGUGAGCAAAUUUCGACCGACAGAAGGCGAUGUAGUUAUCGUGAAAGAAGAUUCCAAGAAUUGAGGAACUUGGCCCCUAGCAGUGGUUACUAAAACAUUCGUUGGUAAAGACGGAGUUAUUCGAGGCGUUAACUCAAGACUGGAAAGGGAACAAUAGAAAGGCCAGUUCAAUUGUUUUAUCCACUUGAGUUAGCUUGUGAUGCCAAGAGCAACAAGAUUUUGACCCAAGCAAGCCGCAGCAGCUAGACGAGAGAUAGAAGAAGAAGACGAGAUAUAAACACUUAACAUUAAUCAUUAACGAGAGCAGUGGAUUCUUAUUAACGUUGACAUUUAUUAGCUAUUAGUAAUAUUAAGAUUGUAUACUGAACUUUAUUAGAUCAUAGAACAAUGGACAGUUAUAUAACAUAUGCAUCUAGUCUAAAAUGCAUAUGGGGGGAGUGUGUUGGAAACACUUGCAUGGAAACACCCACCCUAAAAUCGGGUUGGGGAAUUUUUGGUGGGAGCACAUGGGUCGUUGUUGUGAGGAGUCGAAGCGAGUGACUCGGUAUCGGGAUUAAUAUGGGAUUUAUUUUAUAUUAAACUUCACAGUAUUAUUUUUCUGGAAAAUUAUUCAGAGAGACUGUUGGGAGUAAUUUCACGAUUUCCCAUAGUAAAUUAAUUUUUCUCAUUUCCCCAAACAAAAAUUGCUUCAAAAAGCUCAUUGUAUGAAACCAUUUUCUGAAUAUAUGUUUUUCAAAAUUGAAAUCCUGCUUACCCCACUCCUGGCAAACAGCUAUAUUUUUGAGAUCAGUGAGGAUGUCCAUUUAUCACACCCAUGAACCAUAGUCAUGCGCCCUGGUUAUUGAUGAACUUUAGACUUCGCUAAUACGCUUUUCUUUCCCAGGUGUAAAUUGCCUGGCGGAAUUCACAUGCUUGCCACAGGCACAGAUUAUCUACUAGACCAGGAGGGACACUCCAAUGUGUUUUGGCUUGGGAAAAACGUCCGAAAUUUUUUACGUGCUAUGACGGCAUCCUAGAGUGCACACAGCACUUCUGUGUGCACUCUAGGAUGGCAUCAUAUGAUGGCAUAUUUUCACGUCAGCACUCAUAAAAUUUCGGACGAAAUAUCGUUUGAGUGACACUUCUGGUCUAGUAUCUAUUCUGUGCCACAGGCUCAAGGCAUGAAUUGUGAAAGCUAAAAGACUAGCUACCAUCGCGUGCGAAAAUAUUGAGACUUUCGAUAUUCCAUUCUACUUCUGUGAUUACUCCCCCCCCCCCCAACACAUUCAAUGUUGAAGAAAAUAUUUGACCUGACAAUAUACCUUUGUAUCGUUUGUCCAACAUUAUCUAUGGGGGGAAGGGGGCAAUGACGAAGUUGUCUCAAUAAUUUUUGCACAGGAUUGUAGGGUCUUGAAUUUACCAAUAUUUACCCUAACAUGUGAAUGUUCACGUUUAAAACUCGGCCCAAAUUUAAUAUUAAGGUUAAAGAAUGGAUAAAUUUGCUUCCCACGUUGCGUUAUCUUUCUUGAGCUUUCUUCGUUUCAUCCUAAGAUGCUCGUAAUGUUUCAUAAUGCCACGCAAUGAUCUUCAUAGUCCUUUAAAAACUCUAAUAUUCAGUCAGUAAAUGUGUUUGUGUUAACAUUGAGUUCUGCUGUCUAGUAAAUCGUUAAAUGGUUUCAGAAUUUGUUAUGCUUCUGUGUUUUUAAAAAUCGUGAAAAUGAAAUUUUGUUUUCGUGACUAAAAAUCUAAAAAUGAUCUUUGUGAUUUUGGUACGCCCCCCUCGCCCCCCCCUAAAUAUACAUGCUGCAUUGCAGAAUCGUGUGGCACAAAUGCGGAUUUUGAUUGGACAAUUUGAGUUAUAAUGUAACUACUUAGCCUGGUUCAAUUGGUCAAAUUUACCAGGACUGUGGGUAAAAAUUCAAUUUCUUUGUAAACAAAUCAUGAGAUUACUAUUUUGUAUUUCAGAUCGUUCAUGGAGGAAAAACCAUGCAUGUAAUUGAUGGAAUCAACACUGAGAGAAGCAACUGGAUACGAUAUGUCAAUUGCGCACAAUGUGAAAAUGAACAGAACCGCACUGCUUAUCAAUAUGAAGGAGAAAUUUAUUAUCGAGUGUAUAAGGAAAUAGAAGCUGGUUCCGAAUUAUUAGUUUGGUAUGGUGAUGAAUAUGGAGAGGAACUGGUACUUUUGAUGCUACCGCCGAAUCAGGUGGACGGUGAUGGGGAUCAGGUGGAGAUUGGUGAGAAAGGUACGUACAAUAGAACAUUUUAAAUAUGUCAUAAACAAGUAACCAAAUUUCAAAUCAAGCAUUAAUCUCAACUAGUUUGUUUACGCGUAAAGAGAGCCCUGAAACAAAAAAUAGGAAUUGUUUUGUGGUCGGUUAUCACCCAGUUUUAAGUGCUCUCUACGGAAUAUUUAGGGGUGACAACACAUGUUUGUCUGAUAGCUUUUUAAGCGUGAUGCCAGAACCACCUAUGAUAAGUUUCCAUAUAUGUAAGGAUCAUCUACAAUCUUUGACAAUAUAGAUUGGGACAAUCUAGUUUUCACAUGCAUUCGGUUGUAAUAUACCAUUUGCUGAUACAUAUUUUCCACCCUCCCUCCCCCCACCCGUUUCAAUGUUGGCGCCGCGCAUCCAGACAUCAGAUUUUUGUUGGCCCAACAUUGAACUGGGGGAACGGGGGGCGCUAUUCCUUUCAAAAUAUAUGAAAUUACAGCAGCUGUCCCAUAGUUUCUGGCAAAGAUUGUCUUGGUGGUGACCAAUUGUGUUUGGAAUUUGGUAAUUAAACGUUUUAGUUUUAAGUUUAUACCGCCCAAUUACAUAUAUUCCAGUAUCGAAGCAUAUGUGGGCAAGUUUUGGUAGUUUUAGAUACUAUCCAUUCAUUCCGGGGGGGGGGGUUAUUUUUAACACUGUAUAUACCAAUACAGGUACGUGUGCUACUAUAGCUAUAAUGCUUAAUAAGCACAUUUAUAUUCACGUCUAAUAUCAUCCUUGUGAAAAAUCAGCUAUCUUCCUUGUGAAAAAUCCGCGGAAAUUUACUCAAAAUUUACAUGCUGGCUUUGGAAUGAUGCAAAAGGCCAUAAUUACGACGAACCUGGAACCGAACUAUUCAGAAAUAAUCUGUUUGUGAGUCGAGUAGGUUUAAAUCUCAUCUCACAACAUAUCAAACUGCGGGCAAAGAUAAAUAAAUAUGCAUUGUUUUCGCCUUUUACAAACUUAUACUUGAGAACUGUGGCCGUUUCGAAGCUAAAUACCGUUUACAGUAUAAGAUUUAUAGCACAGUUCAUAACGCAGCCAGUAGUCAAAUUUCAUACGUCUCAAAUUACACGAUGGUCACCGUAACGAAUCUCGGUCUAAAACGCUGAUUUGCGUUACUAUAAAUUUUACUUAUCUUACAUUUUAUAUACAUAUGGGAACAAGAAACCAUUUUCCUUAAUUACAAUCGGUUAACUUUGCAGAUAUCCCUUUUUAAGUUCGUUUUUGAACGAAGCUCACUACAAAUCUGUAAAUAAAUCUAUAUCUCAUUGGCUAUUUUAUGACAGAAAGGUGAGAAUCGUUGCUAGAAAAUCAUUCGUAUCUUAGUCAGUUCGUUACGAAAACUUGUAAAAUCGUCCUAUCUUGUAAAAUAUGCUGGACUUUAGAUGCCUAGGGUGAAUUUGUUUGAUAUUGUCUGCUAUUAAGGCUUUUAUGGCGGGUGAGCCCAUGAAAUUUUGGUGAGAUUCGUGGUGAGAUUCGUUUCUAUAUGGAUCUCAUUGUCACAUAUACGCGCUUAGUUUACUAACAAGUUGGCUCAGUUGUCAAUUUUCUUUAAAUAGAGUCCCAAUACUGUUACCAUGCAUGGAAUUCAAUGAAUUGUGACUAAAAUAUACCACUACAAGCCUUUAAAUCUGGUUUUAAAUAUACGCGAUGAAAUUCAGCCGGAUUUUAGCUAUUUCCUAACACACGCAUACGGAAGCGUUGUAUAACACAAUACACGCAAAUUAUCUGUGUGCAACGAAAUUGCUAAAGGACCUAAAAGGUGUGAAGAACUUAUGAAAAUUGACUGCGUACACAGCUUGAUGAUGUCUACAAGUUGAAUUAAGUUAAAUUUAAGAGUAAUGGUAUUACUUCAACAGACAAUCUUUGACAAUAUAGAUUGGGACAAUCUAGUUUUCACAUGCAUUCGGUUGUAGUAUACCAUUUGCUGAUACAUAUUUUCCACACUCCCUCCCCCCACCCGUUCCAAUGUUGGCGCCGCGCAUCCAGACAUCAGAUUUUUGUUGGCCCAACAUUGAACUGGGGGAACGGGGGGCGCUAUUCCUUUCAAAAUAUAUGAAAUUACAGCAGCUGUCCCAUAGUUUCUGGCAAAGAUUGUCUUGGUGGUGACCAAUUGUGUUUGGAAUUUGGUAAUUAAACGUUUUAGUUUUAAGUUUAUACCGCCCAAUUACAUAUAUUCCAGUAUCGCAGCAUAUGUGGGCAUGUUUUGGUAGUUUUAGAUACUAUCCAUUUAUUCCGGGAAGGGGGGGGGGGUUGUGUUCUUUUUAACACUUUACAUACCAAUACAGGUACGUGUGCUACUAGCUAUAAUGCUUAAUAAGCACAUUUAUAUUCACGUCUAAUAUCAUCAUAGCUCUCUUCCUUGUGAAAAAUCCGCGGAAAUUUACUCAAAAGUUACUUGCUGUCUUUGGAAUGAUGCAAAAGACUAUAAUUACGACGAACCUGGAACAGAACUAUUCAGAAAUAAUCAGUUUGUGAGUGGGGUAGGUUUAAACUCAUCUCACAACAUAUUAAACUGCGGGCAAAGACAAAUAAAUAUGCAUUGUUUUCGCCUUUUACAAACUUAUACUUGAGAACUGUGGCCAUUUCCAAGCUUAAUUACGUUUACAGUAUAAGAUUUAUAGCACAGUUCAUAACGCAGCCAGUAGUCAAAUUUCAUACGUCUCAUAUUACACGAUGCUCACUAACGAAUCUCGGUCUAAAACGCUGAUUUGUGUUACUAUAAAUUUUACUUAUCUUACAUUUUAUAUACAUAUGGGUACAAGAAACCAUUUUCCUUCAUUACAAUCGGUUAACUUUGCAGAUAUCCCUUUUUAAGUUCGUUUUUGAACGAAGCUCACUACAAAUCUGUAAAUAAAUCUAUAUCUCAUUGGCUAUUUUAUGACAGAAAGGUGAGAAUCAUUGCUACAAAAUCAUUCGUAUCUUAGUCAGUUUGUUACGAAAACUUGUAAAAUGGUUCUAUCUUGUAAGAUAUGCUGGACUUUAGAUGCCUAGGGUGAAUUUGUUUGAUAUUGUCUGCUAUUAAGGCUUUUAUGGCGUGUGAGCCCAUCAAAGUAUGGUGAGAUUCGUGGUGAGAUUCGUUUCUAUAAGGAUCUAUAAGGAUAAAUAGAGUUCCAAUACUGUUACCAUGCAUGGAAUUCAAUGAAUUGUGACUAAAAUAUACCACUACAAGCCUUUAAAUCUGGUUUUAAAUAUACGCGAUGAAAUUCAGCCGGAUUUUAGCUAUUUCCUAACACACGCAUACGCAAGCAUUGUAUAACACAGUACACGCAAAUUAUCUGUGUGCAACGAAAUUGCUAAAGGACCUAAAAGGUGUGAAGAACUUAUGAAAAUUGACUGCGUACACAGCUUGAUGAUGUCUACAAGUCGAAUUAAGUUAAAUUUAAGAGUAAUGGUAUUACUUCAACAGACAAUCUUUGACAAUAUAGAUUGGGACAAUCUAGUUUUCACAUGCAUUCGGUUGUAAUAUACCAUUUGCUGAUACAUAUUUCCCACCCUCCUUCCCCCCACCCGUUUCAAUGUUGGCGCCGCGCAUCCAGACAUCAGAUUUUUGUUGGCCCAACAUUGAUCUGGGGGAACGGGGGGCGCUAUUCCUUUCAAAAUAAAUUAAAUUAGAGCAGCUGUCCCAUAGUUUCUGGCAAAGAUUGUCUUGGUGGUGAUCAAUUGUGUUUGGAAUUUGGUAAUUAAACGUUUUAGUUUUAAGUUUAUACCGCCCAAUUACAUAUAUUCCAGUAUCGAAGCAUAUGUGGGCAAGUUUUGGUAGUUUUAGAUACUAUCCAUUCAUUCCGGGGGGGGGGGUUGUGUUAUUUUUAACACUUUACAUACCAAUACAGGUACGUGUGCUACUAGCUAUAAUGCUUAAUAAGCACAUUUAUAUUCACGUCUAAUAUCAUCAUAGCUCUCUUCCUUGUGAAAAAUCCGCGGAAAUUUACUCAAAAGUUACUUGCUGUCUUUGGAAUGACGCAAAAGACCUUAAUUACGAUGAUCCUGGAACAGAACUAUUCAGAAAUAAUCGGUUUGUGAGUGGGGUAGGUUUAAACUCCUCUCACAACAUAUUAAACUGCGGGGAAGACAAAUAAAUAUGCAUUGUUUUCGCCUUUUACAAACUUAUACUUGAGAACUGUGGCCGUUUCCAAGCUAAAUUACGUUUACGGUAUAAGAUUUAUAGUACAGUUCAUAACGCAGCCAGUAGUCAAAUUUCAUACGUCUCAUAUUACACGAUGCUCACUAACGAAUCUCGGUCUAAAACGCUGAUUUGCGUUACUAUAAAUUUUACUUAUCUUACAUUUUAUAUACAUAUGGGUACAAGAAACCAUUUUCCUUAAAUACAAUCGGUUAACUUUGCACAUAUCCCUUUUUAAGUUCGUUUUUGAACGAAGCUCACUACAAAUCUGUAAAUAAAUCUAUAUCUCAUUGGCUAUUUUAUGACAGAAAUGUGAGAAUCGUUGCUAGAAAAUCAUUCGUAUUUUAGUCAGUUCGUUACGAAAACUUGUAAAAUCGUCCUAUCUUGUAAAAUAUGCUGGACUUUAGAUGCCUAGGGUGAAUUUGUUUGAUAUUGUCUGCUAUUAAGGCUUUUAUGGCGUGUGAGCCCAUCAAAAUAUGAUGAGAUUCGUGGUGAGAUUCGUUUCUAUUUGGCUCAGUUGCCAAUUUUCUUUAAAUAGAGUUCCAAUACUGUUACUAUCCAUGGAAUUCAAUGAAUUGUGACUAAAAUAUACCACUACAAGCCUUUAAAUCUGGUUUUAAAUAUACGCGAUGAAAUUCAGCUGGAUUUUAGCUAUUUCCUAACACACGCAUACGCAAGCAUUGUAUAACACAGUACACGCAAAUUAUCUGUGUGCAACGAAAUUGCUAAAGGACCUAAAAGGUGUGAAGAACUUAUGAAAAUUGACUGCGUACACAGCUUGAUGAUGUCUACAAGUACAUUUAAGAGUAAUGGUAUUACUUCAACAGACAAUCUUUGACAAUAUAGAUUGGGACAAUCUAGUUUUCACAUGCAUUCGGUUGUAGUAUACCAUUUGCUGAUACAUAUUUCCCACCCUCCUUCCCCCCACCCGUUUCAAUGUUGGCGCCGCGCAUCCAGACAUCAGAUUUUUGUUGGCCCAACAUUGAUCUGGGGGAACGGGGGGCGCUAUUCCUUUCAAAAUAAAUUAAAUUACAGCAGCUGUCCCGUAGUUUCUGGCAAAGAUUGUAGUAAAAAGUAGCAAGAUUUAAACCAUUUUAGUCAUAAGUAAUGUGAAAAUAUUUCCUGUAGGUAAAACUAUAGUUUUUUUGUCUAAGCCCUAGAGAAUUUCGAAGCGAACGACUGCAAGAGACCUUGGUUUUACUCAAUAACUUGGUGCGCCUUGUUGGAAAUGUAACACAAUAUCUUAAACUUAGUCAAGUUGAAGUCCUUUGUCGUUUGGUGGAGUGUUUAAUUACUGCUAUCGACCUUCAAAAGAAAGGAAUUGAUAUUGAAUAUAAAUCUACGUUAUUGGAACACGAAAAUGAUCCCGGUGAGAACCUUUCCACACCAUACCAAUUGGCAGAUAUCCCGGAAAUGUCACCACUUUUCAAAGAGCAGUUGGCGCUUGUUGAAAAGUUUAUGAAUGCGAGACUUUCUAAGUCCUUUGCAGAAUGGAACCUGGAAUUGCUGGUCAGUAAGACAUACAUAAUUUAGUAGCUAUAUGUAGUGGUACAUGACGUGUAUACUUAAGAAACAUUGUUAAGAAACAUUAUUUUUUAAAAAUAUUUACUUGUAGGUGGUACCAAAAUUAUUUGCAUUAUUAUUUGUCUCAUAGAAUGAAAUCCAGCUAUAUUUCAGCAAAUAACCCAUGCUUUAAUGCAUCUAUCAGAUACUGGAGUUUUACUCUAUGAACAACUAAUUAUUACUGUGUGUGUGUCCUUUUUCUUUUUUCUUUUGAGAAUAUGUGCGAUGUAUUUUGGCUCUGUUACCUAAUUAAGCUCUUCUUAUACCAUUUGUGAAGAGUAAUUCUGAUUUUAUGUUUCUCUUGUGUAGGCUUGGACCGAACUACUAUCAUUGUCAGCCCCGGAGAUCUUCUAUAAACCAUGGCACAGUAAAUUUAUCACUAAAUUUCAGAGUAGAAUACGCAAGGUAAAUUAAUUGUACAUUUAAUAUUGUUUUAUUUAUGCACGCAUCAAGCACAUAGUCUUCUGAUGCCAUAUGAGCAUAAUCUUUUGCUGGCUGAUAGUAACUUGUGAAACGGAGCUUGUGAAGAAAUUACUCCUGAUAACUGUAUUUGUCCGAUUAUUUACGUUUUUGGUGCAAUCCACAUGAUCACACAGACGAAAUGUUGUUAUCCAAUUUUAGGUGCCAGCUCUCCGUCAGAUUGAUUUAUUUUCUUUAACUGACCAACAAAAAUGUAAUCCAGAUAUUGCAAAAUGUUUAAAUGACGCUGCUUUCGAAGCUGUGGAAAAAGUUGUAAAAGUAAGUAUAUGGAGUUAGUUUGUUAGGGAAAAAAAUAAAAAAAACACAGUAGGGCUUAAUGAGCUACCUCACACACUCAAGAAAUGUAUUUUGGAAGGCCUGACCUGGCCUUUUAAAAUUUUUAAACCCCCCCUCUCAAAACAACCUCCCAUAAAACAAUAUUAAAUGUACAAGUCAAAGUCCCUUUUCCAUAGAAUAUAAGCAAAACAUUGGAAGAGAAAUGGAAUUUAGAAGGGAGAUUUGAUAUUCUAGUAACUGAAAUUUACUUUGCAUGUGACUCUUAUGUCGUCUUUUAUCUUCAAAUGAUUUAAUGUUUUUUUUAAAAAUGUUAAACAUUAUGUUGUAAAUACCUUAGAUUUUAUAAAUUUCCCAGGGGAUAGCACCUAAAGAUUUGAGUUGUUGGAUAUCUAGGUUAAACAAGUUAGUGACCGAGUUGUGCUAUUUACAUAUUAUACAGGGUGUAUAAAAAAAAGGUAAUCGAACUUCAGCGCGCUAUUGUAUCCGAAUUACUCUGCGUACGAACGAGAUUUUAACACAUUCGGAAAGGUCAUGCUUUUAGCUGUUGAAUGAUACCUUCUUCAUGCCAAAUGGAUAAAAAAUAAGCAAAUACGAAUCCGAUAAAAAAUGUUAAUCAGAAUCGCAUAUUUUCACCGUUGAGAGUUGGGUCUAAAAGCAUUGAAAAUAAACUUCUCUCUAGUACUUAAGUUGAUGAAUUUCACUUCAUAAACUACGCACAUAUUCAUAAUUAUUAUUAAGUAGGAAUAAAUCUUAGCUAAGCUACGACACGUUAGUGAUUAAUUGCUUUUUCUUUUGUUAUGCAUUGAUCGAUACUAGGAUAUAUUUUGUUGGAUGCACAACAAACCCCAAGGAAUCAAACAAUACAAUAGAAUCAAUCACAUUUGCUAUGCAUUGAUUAUAAGUUUUUCCUUGUAAGUAACACUUCCCUUGCGACUUCUUUGUGACAUGGUCUGAUGACAUGAUAGAAUAGAGAGAUAUAGCGCGUUGUUUUUCUAAAGUGGAAAAUUCUAUAAUGACGUCAACAAUUGAGAUAAAACGUUAUAGAACACGAGCAAUGACGUGGGAUGCGAGUUCCGCGACCUGCGCGUAAAAAUCGUCACCCAGUUUUGUUCGCGAUUCUUGAGCAGAGUUUUGUGAUAACUAUAUCGACGUGCACAAAGGUGAAAAAAUAUGGUUUUGAUCGGCAAUAAAAAAUCGGUUCUCAACUUAAUUUCUUGCUUUGGCCCUUCUUUUGCCCGCCCCCAAAUUAGUUAGAUUCCAGCCUCCUCACAUGAAAAAGCGCUGAAAUAUAAAAGAAGGGCCAAGGCUGGGAAAUUAUAUAAAGUUGAAAACAAACGAGUUUGCGGUACAGCAUGAAUUUUACUGUAUUUUUUUUUUACUUUUCAAGGGAGCAGUUCUAGUGCUAAGAAGGAAUUAACCAAAGACGAAGGCUGUGCUAUCAUGAUGACCCGGGCAGAAUCUUGCCUUGAUAAUCUGAUAAAUUCUGUCGAGAAGGGGAAGUUACAGUUACCACACUCAAGUUCUUAG